UUGUUUUUGUUUUUUUGCGGCCAGAGUUUUAAAAAAAAAGUGCUCCCCAAUUUUGUUUUGUCCCCUUCGUGGUCAUUGAAAUGUGCAGUGCAGGCUUCAGUAAAUUUGAAAGGGGCAAGUGGAUGGUAGGCGGGGCAAACUGUGAUAAAGACCCAUCCUUCCUCGGAAAUACCAACCAGGUGGAGGCUAGGUUUUGUUUUAGCGAACUACGCCAUCGCCCACACGGGCUGUUUUCACUGUGAAGAAGAAGAAGGAAGAAACGUUAUUCCUCUCUGCCAACGCGUCUUUCGACGGAGUGGAAACGUUCCGCCAUCUCUGCCUUGCAUUCGGCGGAUUGAAUGGCUCGCUGUCAUUUGACUGGACAAUAGACAGCUUGUUUGCUCGCUGCAGAUAGCAACUUCAUCUUAAUUUGGACCUCGAGUGUGUCUCUUCCUGGGUUUCACAACUUUUGACUGAUACUGAUGGCUGGACACGAAUGGGAUGACUGGUUCGACCGGGAGGAAUUUAUUGGACAGAUAAGCGACAUGCGAGUGCAGAACCUGCAAGUGUAAUCCACCCAUUGAAGUCCAAGAUCUUUUCCAAGAUAUUCAGGAUGGGCAUAUCCUCAUGGCGCUUCUGGAGGAGCUGUCUGGCUGCAAGCUGCUUCACGGAUUCAAGAAGUCGUCACAUCGAAUUUUCAGACUUAACAAUAUUGUCAAAGUCUUGUCUUUCCUUGAGGAGAGAAAAGUGAAGCUCGUUAGCAUUGAUGCUGCCGAUGUUGUAGAUGGAAACUCAUCAAUCAUCUUGGGACUUAUCUGGAACAUUAUUCUCUUCUUUCAGAUUAAGGAGUUGACUGGCAACAUACGGAGCCAAUUCCCUUCAACCUCCAGCUUGGCAUCCAUACCUACCAGCACCGACAUUUCCAAAUGCAACACUUCAUUGGCUGAAAAAGAGAUGACAACCACAGCCAGAAGAGUACACAGUAAAGCCUACAAAAAACUACUCCAAUGGGUACAAAAACAAACGCGCAAGUAUGGCGUAGCCGUUCAGGACUUUGGGAAAAGUUGGACAAGUGGUCUUGCUUUCCUUGCAGUCAUUAAGUCCAUUGACCCCAGCCUAGUAGACAUGAGGAAGGCCCUGCUUAGAAGUGCACAAGAGAAUCUUGAAGACGCGUUCAAGAUUGCCCACUACAGCUUGGGUAUCCCACCCCUUUUGGAGUCUAAAGAUGUGACUAUCAGUGCACCAGAUGAACAAUCCAUCAUGACAUACGUUGCGCAGUUCCUUCAGCACUUUCCUGGGAUGGAAGAGCGAUCAGAGCCUUACCCCAUCAUCCAAAGCAGUAUUUCAAUGGGACGACUCAACAUCAGUGAACUUGACACCCACGUUUUGGGAAAUGGUAUUCAUGGCAACAGAGUGAGAGAGAGAUGCAUGAUGUUCCAGGCGGAAUGUGCAAAAGCCCCACCCAAAAGAUUUCCUUUUGUGCCAGCCGACAGAAGGGACAGUUCACCGUCCAUUCUACCGUGGCUAAGUGAAGAUGUCUUAGCCGAUUUCACUUCCACGGAAGACAAUUCAAGAAGUGCAAACAAAAAUUCUGAAGAACCUUUGGACGAAGUCUUAACUGACAUAACUGACAACCCUCUACCAUUGACACACAGUGACUCUCUCUUUGAUUCUUCAUUGCCUGAGUUGAUUCAAUCUGUGUCAGUCAUGGAUGAUUCUGCUAUCGGCUCUCCGAAUUCCUGGGCGGAAAGCGAGGAUGGAGUAAUUCAAGUGAAAUCUUAUGAGAGUCCAAGUGACUGUUCAUUGUGGGAUUGUGACACUUCUUGGAGCGUACACUGUACAAGCCAUAUUGAAAUGACCUCUGUUGAUGGAGUAUCUGUUCCCAUUUCACGUGACGUGCAAGUUGACCGGUCAAAUAUUGAUGAAGGUAUUUAUUCCCUCACGCCUAUGGAAGAAACGCAAGAAAAAUUGCUAGGAGAGGAAAAAGUUGAUGUGACACUUAGAAAAGAGACAGAAGUAGAUUUCAAAAACAAUUCCAAAGACUUUUUACAAACACCAUUGAAAGAAAUUAAAUUCAACAAUGAGAACAAAGAGGAUCAGUAUCAACAGAUGGAAAAAAAUGACCGUUCUAAAGAGGAAGAACAUCCCAGUAUAAGAGAGACAUUAUUUGGAGCGAACUAUCAAAAAAGUGAUGAUACGAACCAUUCCCGUUCAUAUCCCGAAACUGAACUCUGUUUCGACCGACCACGUUCAGAUAAAUUCAGUGUUAUAUCAAGUGCUGAUGAAGAACAGGAAUAUUCGAAGCGAGUUAUGGAUCUUGUGGAGGAUUUACAGUUUGAUGAAAAGAUAGUUGUUGAUCAACCUGUCGAAGGAGUUGAACUGGAAAACAACUUACAAAAACCCAAAAAUGACCAAACAGAUUUUCAAUAUAAACAAAUGGAUGCAAAUUCUUUCGUAAAAAUCGAUGUUACUCUCAGAGACGACUCCCCCGCUGUGCACUAUGAUGCAGAUACAGUUGUGUCAUGUGUAGAUAACGAUCAGAUGGAAAGUGAUACCCACCAAGCCCCGUGUUUUACCAAAAUUGAACAAUAUUCUUACCAACAACCGAAUUGUGACGAGCAGAGUUUUUUUCAUCAAGCUAUGGAUAAUACAAUGGAUUCACAUGUAAAUGAAAGACAAAUUGACUGUCAGAUAAGUGUUAAUAUUGAUGCAGAAGUGGAAGAGGAACAGGAGAAAACUGCUUGUCCAUUGGCAGACCAAAGGGAGGGGGAGAACAUUUUAUGUUUUGAGGCUGUCACAAAAAUGCAAAUCAAAGCAAUUGAUGCCGAGAAAACAGAUUGCCCACCUCUUCAGCCAAAAUUGAACUCCGAGAACAAAUAUGAAGACUUCACUUCAAAACAGAACACAGGAAGUUAUCCUGUGAACACAAAGAACAUGUCUUCAGCUGUUCAAGCAGCUAAAGACCAAGAUGACCAACAACAUAAUACAUUCCAUUCCGAUAAACUCGGACCCAGAGAAGAAACCUCUCUUACAGAGCUACUUGAUAGUAAAACGCAGAGCCGACAGUCUGUUUUGAGUGUAGCUGCCUUGGAGCCAGUGGCAACCGAGACUCUACCUGAAGCUCAACCUUUGAAUAUUAUGGUUGAAGACGUCUUUGUCAAGUUGAUUAAUGAAGACAAGGAGAAGACUGCGAUCAAACCUGAAACUUCUGAUUGCAAAGAGGAGUGGCAGUUCCGUGGGGGGCAACUCGGAGGACUCAAAGAAAGUGUUGACUGCAGCAAUAUAAUUGAAGCUCAGCAGAGUAAACUCUGCUCUUCCUGGAGGGGCACAGACUCAAUGAGAGACGGCACAAAAAUUCCCAGUCAGGACAAAGUCUUGAACCCACCAGUCCUGCGUCAAAGAAAGGGAGUUUUUUCUCAGGCAACGGACAAUCUGUCAAUGAUGGCUGCAUAUUCCAGGCAAUAUAAGAAGAAUGUGGAAUGUGAAUUCUGUUGGAUUGACAGCUGGGAGCUUUACCUGCUGUUCUUGCUAUGGCUGCUGCUCUACUGCUUCUGGCUCUUGCCACAAAUGGACCUGAAGACUUUGCUCAGUUUGCUGUUCAACAAUAACCACUGAAGUCACACUUGCACAUAUGCUUGUUUUACACUUCUUAAGAAAAUAUCUUGUAUUUUGUUACCAAGAUUACAGACUAUUCUCCUCUAAGUGAAUGAUGAAAAAAAAUAUAUAUUAUUUUUGGAUUUUUAAAUAGACUGGAAGCCUUUCAGGGAGUUAUGUCCAAACAAGACAUGGAAAAACAACCAUACUUUUUUUUUUUUUUGUGAUUGGGCUAUUGUAAUGGUAUAUUUAAAGAUCUUAAAAACAUGAACCAGGAACCUGCAGCUAAUAGAUUGCUACCGUCCUUACAAAUACAAGCAAACUGGACCAUAUUACACCAGUAAUUAAAUAUUUUCACUAGCUUCCUGUGAGUCAAAGGAUAGACUAUAAAAUCUUAAUGACCUUGCACAUGCUUGGUUCAACCCCUAACAGGCAUCUAGACUCCUAAGGUCAUCUGGAAAUCAAAUCGUUAGCUCCUUUAAAUCAGGGCUAAAAAAAACUAUUGUUUACCACAGUGUAUUCAUAACUGCCCAUAUACUUCAAAUGUCAUGUUAUGACUUUUGCUUUACAUUCAAUUUUUGGGUUGUAUUUCUAUUUCCUGUUUUGUUUUCAACAGUCUUGAUGAUUUAACAUGAUUUUAUGUAUCAUUUUAUUUGUGCUUUGGAUUUUUAUGUGAUGUAAAGCACUUUGAAUGACCUUGUGUUGAAUUGUGCUGUACAAAUAAAUUUGCCUUGCCUUAACAGUCAAUAGCAGUGAACGAGUUAAUAUGGUGUAAGCUUUAUCACUCCAACUUAAGUAGCAAAAUAAUAUUUCCAAUUUUGAGUCUUGCAGCCAUUAAAUUCUAUUUCCACAAAUAAAAUAGAAAACCUCCUAGUGGUAUGCAUUGUAACUGCAAUAUGUUUUUUUUUUCAAUUGGUUUGCUGCUUUUUUUCACAUCAACUUUUAAAUUUUGUACAUUAAUGCAAUGAGUGAAAACUGAAAAUCCAAGUGCAUAAAACUUCUAAAGCACAUCAAAUGCUUGAAAUGGACAGCCCAUUCAUCAAAAGCAAACAAGUAUUUAAAAUAACAGUGACAGACAUCAAAAUGAGGUCAUUUUUAUUUUUUUCAAACUAUUUUAAAGAUUACAAAAGGUGAGCUCUCAUGCAGUACUAAUAUACAAAAUAAAAGACAAAUGAAAAUAUAAACAGGUCUGAGAUGAUCAUCCAAUAAUGCAAAUUGUCUGCAUUGAACAAAUACCUCACUUUACAAGUUUUUGAUGAUACGAGCGCUUAAUGAGAGAUGGUCUCCUUAUGCGAGCAAAUUUUCAUCAUACAGGUAACAGAAGAAAUCUAGAAAAGCCUUUCUCUUGUCAUGUCUCGGAGAUGCGAUUAGGCGGAGUGGAACGUACGCAAUUCAGCAAUGUGGUGUGGGGGAACCUAGUAUUAUGUAAGUAUGGAUAUGUUGACAUCCUAUUCUAUGCUACCUGAUCCCUGAUGCUGGCACCGACAAUCUCUCGACCUGCGUGUCUAAUUUCCACCCAGUAAUGCGUGAACCCACUCAGACGUGUAAUUGUCCUGCAGAAAAAUGGAAAUGCUGCGUGGAGGCAGCCCCAGCACCACCCCAGCCAAUCGGGAGGGAGCAAGCGCAGCACCCCCCAUGGGUGCGAUAAAACCAGCCCUCAAGGAAGGGAUGAGGGGUCCCACCCGGAUCCCCAACCACCCCAACAGACGCGGCACACCGUAGGAUCUUCAUGGCCCACUAGGCCCGGGGCAGGAAGGGAUCCCCUCCUGGACUGGGCGACACCCUGCGCCCUCGCCUGGCAUCCACACUGGGGCCCAAGGAGGAUGCCGAGGUAGCAAAAAGAGAGGAAGGGGGAAGCAGCAGAAUGCUGAGAGGCGGCGCGGGACAGGAGCCCAAACUCUCUCGCAACCGACAGCCCUCACAAAGAGGAAUCCCUGCCCCGGGAGCACCGCCAUAUAGAAAUGUGUGGGACCAGCCUGUCGCCCAGCUAGGGCGGCAGACAAAACCAACUGGCCCCUACCCAGCACCGUGAUGGGUUUGUCUGGGAAGGGUAGUGCAGUGUAUGCAUUAAAAUGGGAGAGCCCAGCUGACAGGGCAGUGGGACCGCCGUGUGGAAC